AUGGAGCAGGAGGGUCCUGCCAGUCCCAUGCAGGAGAAGGAUGAUGAACAGGAGAUGCUGCAGGACUGCCCGAAGGCCCGCAGGGAAGUGGAGCUGCACUGGAGGGCAUCACAGUGCGCGCACAUCGUCCGCAUCAUGGACGUCUACGAGAACCUCUACCAGGGGAGGAAGUGUCUGCUCAUCGUCAUGGAGUGCUUGGAUGGUGGGGAGCUCUUCAGCCGAAUUCAAGACAGAGGAGACCAAGCCUUCACAGAACGGGAGGCUUCAGAGAUAAUGAAGAGCAUUGGGGAAGCCAUCCAGUACCUCCACUCUAUCAACAUCGCGCACCGGGACGUGAAGCCUGAAAACCUCUUGUACACCUCCAAAAGGCCCAACGCUGUGCUAAAACUCACGGACUUUGGCUUUGCUAAAGAAACCACCACACACAAUUCCUUGGCCACUCCGUGUUACACCCCGUACUACGUAGCCCCAGAGGUGCUGGGCCCAGAGAAGUACGACAAGUCCUGUGACAUGUGGUCCCUCGGUGUCAUCAUGUACAUUCUGCUGUGUGGGUACCCCCCCUUCUACUCCAACCAUGGCCUGGCCAUCUCACCCGGCAUGAAGAAGCGAAUCCGAAUGGGCCAGUAUGAAUUUCCCAAUCCUGAAUGGUCUGAAGUGUCGGAGGAAGGGAAAUGUGUUAAACAGCUGAUCCGCAACCUGCUGAAGACGGACCCGACGCAGCGCAUGACGAUAACGGAGUUCAUGAACCACCCCUGGAUCAUGCAAUCCAUGCAGGUGCCCCAGACCCCGCUGCACACCAGCCGUGUGCUGAAAGAGGAGAAGGACCUGUGGGAGGACGUGAAGGAGGAGAUGACGAGCGCGCUGGCCACCAUGCGAGUGGACUACGAACAAAUCAAGAUCAAGAAAAUAGAAGAUUCCUCAAACCCUUUGCUGAUGAAGAGGAGGAAGAAAGCAAACCCCACCGAGCCCGCCGCUCUCCCCCACUGA